AUGUUCAACAAGAUCAUAAAGCGCGCACACAGAAAAUCAGGGAAAGUAACGUUCCCUGAAAAUUCAACAAACGGCCACCAAUUCUAUGAAGUAGUUGUUAAACACGCAUCACGUAGCUCAUCUUUCGAUUCCGCGCCACAAACCACGGCGGCGCCACCGCCUAAUCAAGCCGUGAUCGAAUCACUUCCGCCACUCAAGGAAGUCGCCGUCUCAGAACGGUCCGCACUUUUUCUCAGAAAAAUUCAACAGUGUUGUUCUAUCUGUGAUUUCUCAGACACUCUCAAGUUCAUCGUGGAGAAAGAAAUCAAACGAGAAACACUUUACGAGCUAGUUGAUGUUAUUCAAUCCUCUUCGUUUCAAUUUAGCGAAUUUCAGGAGGAAUUGAUCGGUAUGGUUUCUGUUAAUAUUUUCCGUUGUUUGCCGCCGGCGUCGCAUGAAAACACAGGUACCGAAACUGUUGAUCCAGAAGAAGAUGAUACGUAUAUGGAUCCGUCUUGGGCUCAUUUGCAGCUUGUUUAUGAAAUUCUAAUGCGGUACAUUGUUUCGCCGGAGAUUGAUAUAAAAGUCGCGAAGCGGUAUGUAGAUCAUGUGUUUGUUUUAAAGCUUAUGGACUUGUUUGAUUCGGAGGAUCAACGAGAGCGCGAGUAUUUGAAGACGAUUCUUCAUCGGAUUUAUGGGAAGUUUAUGGUUCAUAGGCCUUUUAUAAGAAAAGCUAUUAACAAUAUAUUCUAUCGAUUUAUAUUUGAGACGCAGAGGCAUAAUGGUAUCUGUGAAUUGCUUGAGAUUAUGGCUAGUAUUAUAAAUGGUUUUGCAUUGCCUAUGAAAGAGGAGCAUAAACUUUUUUUGAUUAGGGCUCUUAUACCACUUCAUAAACCUAAAUGUGUUUCGGCUUAUCAUCAGAAUUUGUCUUAUUGUGUUGUUCAGUUUGUUGAAAAAGAUGGAAGGUUGGCUGAUCCUGUGAUAAAGGGUUUGUUGAAGUAUUGGCCUAUUACUAAUUGUCAUAAGGAAGUUCUUUUUCUUACUGAAUUAGAAGAGGUUCUUGAGUCAACUCAACCUCCUGAGUUUGUAAGAUGUAUGACUUCUCUUUUCAGACAGAUUGCUCGAUGCCUUAACAGCCCUCACUUUCAGGUUGCAGAACGAGCACUCUAUUUGUGGAACAAUGAGCACAUUAUAAGCUUAGUGGCUCAGAAUCGAAGUGCUAUAUUGCCAAUAAUCUUCGAUGCUUUGGAAAAUAACAUGAAAAGUCAUUGGAACCGAGCAGUGCAUGGACUAACAGCCAAUGUGAGGAAAAUGUUUCAGGAGAUGGAUGCCGAACUGUUUGAAGAGUGUCAAAAAAAGUAUCUAGAGAAGGAAGCCCGGGCUACAGAAGAAGAAGAGAAGCGAGAGUUAACAUGGAAGAAAUUGGAAGCAGUAGCUGCACAGGCUGUUGUGAGGGAUGAGAUGGUUUUGGUUAACUAA